AUGUGCGUAACAAGACCAAGUUUGAGAACAGCUCGGAGGUCAAGACAUAUACCAACUGACCCAAAUGAAGAAAGUCCUCCUGAUUACUGGAGCAAGUUAGCACAUUCUAACUUCAGAUCAACUGUCUUCGAGAAUCGUGUCCACGUGUGGGUGCUUCCAUUAAGUCUCUCGCAAUCAAAAUAUGGCGGUAGAAAGAUGCCAUCAUCUGCUUGCACUUUGAUUACGGUUCAGAUUGCUCACGAUUUCAUGACACAAAACAUCCGUCUUCCAUCAACUUUUCCUCAAAUUUCACAAAACCUUCCAGCAGCUGUUCUCGACGUUCUUAUCAAUGCAAUCGUCGAUGGAAAUGAUACUCAUGAGAAGCAAUGGCGAUGA